GCCGAAAGGCCACCGUCUGCCCUCAUGGAACUUGAUGCAGCACUCGAGCACCAGUACCGUAGGAGUACUCUUGUCAUACAUCACGUGAUGUAAAUGCUAGGAUCAAUCGAACCCACCAGUGCAAUCGUGUGCCAUAGCUUAUUAAGCAAUAUAACCGGGGGCGAUACCGGUAUGAGCCAAACUACCCUACAGAGCCGCAUGUUUGGUGAAAAAGCCGGAGAGGUGACUUUGUGUCACCAUCGGGUGAGCUGGCUGUACUGUAUAACGUAUGAGACUGGCAUCUCAGGCUUGAUUCUCCGCCGCUGCCCGACCGGCGGUACUAUUUAUCAAAUAAACUUUUACCUCUAAACUUGUCGAUGGCCUCGGGGUGGCUGGUUGCCGAUUGUGUGGAUAGCGUUGGUGAAGCAGCUGCUACAGUGGGUCCCUGGCGUGCAUAGAUAGAUCGCUACUCUCUGACUUGAAAUCAGGAGGAACAAGCCCCUCGACAUCGUACCGGAGGUAUCUCUCACAAUACCAAAAUCUUACAACCCUCAAGCUCUUAUGGAGCCUGCCCUUUUUCUAUCCACUCUCCAUACCCGCAAAACUCAUGGCCUAUAUUUUUACCGAUUUGCGGAGAUGCGUCUACCCCGCGGAGUCAUGGCUGGGCGCCCACUACGCGAUGCCCACGCCGCGGAAACAGUUAUUGGAGCCGUGUGGGCGCUGCUCGCCUGGAUCAAUCCCAGAGGCUUGCCAUAAGAUAAGAAAUCUCCGUACGUGGCAGUUCCCAGCAUCUGGGUAGGUAGAUGGCCCUUUCUUUGGUCAGGCUCUAAAUCAUGAUAUAGAAGCUGACACUCUUAAACAGGCGAAGGAAGGCAACCCUCCUCAACUGAAUCCACCACCAGAUGAGCUUGUAGGUAACGGGGAAGGUAGUUUCUGGCAGGGUUGGCUCAAUUGCGUCAAGGGAAUAGGGGCCGGUUGGUGGUGGCCAUGGACUGGCGCAGUUGCCCAGGACAUUAGGAGGAGUAGAUUACUCGGGUGGAGAGGUGUGCUGUCCCGUCUAUUGAAGCUGGCUAGCUGUCUAAAGAUUUAACCUAGGGACGAACAUAGGACAAGAGGGCAAGCCUUUGCACCUAGCGGUGCUUGCCGAUGCCCCGCACAUGCACACCUCUGCUCACACAUUCACAUGGUGGACUCUACACUCGUGUCGCGGCGCUCUACCAUACUUGCGCCCCUAGUACUGCAAUGAUCUGCUACUGGAAUUAUCAUGUCACCACUGGUAACAUCAGAGGAAGUAGGUGAUUAGUUGUUGUGGAAAGCCUUAAUAUCCGUCGUCGCUGUAUACCCCGCGAACACAUAUGAUACCUCACGCCAGAUUGAGUUUCCGCUUCACGCAACGGAAUCCCUAUCUUUGAAAACCGCGUUCUACUCAUCUGGCCUGUUGUACGCAAAGCCUUAUAUCCAGUUCAGCUACCUGGGAUUGAUCUGUUUCGUUAUUUUGCAGUAUUUGUGGUGUCUGCGCACGGGAAGCUUUGGGAUCCAUGAGGGGUACCGAUUUCUGACCCUUUUUCAACCACCACCACCUGUGCCACCUUACCCACAAGUGAGCAGCCAACCCUACACACACAAAUCAGAAAAUCCCCAGUUUCUUUCUUUUCUCCCCCUAUUCCCUUCCAUUCCUCCUUUGUGCCUCUUUAUUCCUAUUCACUUCUCUUCUAUUCAAUUCACCUCCAUUUUAUUCUCAUCUCCUGUUAUCCAUUCUCUUCACUUCUGCUCAUGUUUCGCCAAUUCUUCUUGCCUCCCCUCACCUCCCCUGACUCCUGUGCUUCUAACCUUUUUUCCUUAUCCUUUUUACCAGAAAAUUAGCUACUACAUUCACCUGUAAAUAGAUCUAGCAUCUUUAAUCUCG